AUCCAGCAGGUUGUGUCUUUCUGUCUCUCGUUCUCUCCAUCGCACGCACGCCUGCUCUCUCUUUAUUUCUCUCUUCCUCUCUCCUCUCUCUGCUCGGUAGCUCGCUCCUCUUCUCUCUCAGUCUGCAUCCUGUAGCCCUGCUGUGCAGUCCUCUCUCCUUCUUUCUCUCUCUACAUCGCUCUCUCUGCAGCGCUAUUGGAGAAGAAGUCACUGACACACACACACACACACAAUCUCUUCCUCACACACACACACACACACACACUUCGUCUCUCUCACACACUCUGUGCGACCAGCCCAGCCAGCAGGCCCGUUUCGGAGCAGGGGAGCCCAGUAGAGACCUAUCCCAGGAUGGAUGUACUGAUGAGAGGGUUCAGCAUGGCUAAGGAGGGGGUGGUGGCCGCAGCAGAGAAGACUAAGGCUGGGGUGGAGGGGGCAGCCGCCAAGACCAAGGAGGGGGUCAUGUAUGUAGGUUCAAAGACAAAGGAGGGAAUGGACGCAGGAGUAAACAAAGUUGCUAACCGCGACCAGGCAAACAUCGUCGGGGACCCCACUGCUGCCGGAGCUGACCUCUCGCAGGGUGGCAUGGAGAACACCGGACAGGCGGAGGAGCCUCAGCCUGUAUACGAGGCGGAAUAUGGAGGAAUGGAGCAGGGAGGAGAAGGAGAGGGCUCUCAGGGCGGCUACUAGUCAUUCCAGGGAUCUCUUCUCCCCAGCCUUCCGUUUGGUCGCUCGCUACCCUCACCCUGCUGUUCCAGACUUCCAGAUGUUCUACUUCUUUUUUUGUGACUUUAUGGAACCAAAACCGAUACAGACUCUUCCAGAUACCCCCUUUGCCCUCCCUGAUACCCUCUGUUGCUCCUAGCAGCCCCCUUCUGUUCCCCCUCUCCUGUAUAGCUCCCUGCCUUUGUGUCGUUGUCGUCAUGUUGUUCGCCCUAGUGUUAUGUUCUCCCUAUCGCCACCCAGUACUCUAUCAAGAGGCCUGCGCACACACACACACACACACACACACACACACACACACACACACACACACACACACACACACACACACACACACACACACACACACACACAGCAACAAUACACACACACACACACGUACACACACACACACACGUACACACACACACACACACACACACACACACACACACACACACGAGAGCUGUGAUGAUUAUUCAGGACUACAGAACCACAGAGAGAUGUAUCGUAGUUUGGAUGCUUGUGUGUGUGUCUCUGUUAGACGUGUCAGGUAGUAGGCCAGUUCAGGGCUGUUCUGUCCAUGAGAUGCUGCUGUAGGGACAUGUGCAAUGAAUUAGAGAGUGUGUGUGUGUGUUGAAGUGUGUUUGAUCACACAUGUAACAGGGUCAUAUUAAAACCAAUUAACUAGCCGGCUUAUAUUGUUGCACUUGUUAAGUCAAGGGGUCUUAGGCAUAGUUUACUGGUCUGUAACCUGAUUUGAUGUGUGCAUCGAUAUGAGAAGGAAGCGUAUGUGACCAGGUGUUGAAUGUACGUGCGCCCAGGAGACAGCCACCUUACCUUAAGUCCAGGGCCAGCUCCUUCUUGACCUCUUGACCAUCCAGUCCAAGUGGAUUAUUACUUGUUCAGAUGGUGAAACAUAAAUGUGUACAAAAACGAAACAAGAAAAAGGCAUCCUCAAAUAAAGAAGUUAACUAACACAAAGAAACAAACAAAAGGCCGUCAGAGAGGCUUCCGGCCUCCUCUCUUUCUCCCAGACAGCCAAUCACCCCAACUGGCUGCACCUGAUGUUCUUUUCAAGGCUUAGCUCAGCACCUAGACCUGCCAGCUGCCACCUGGGGGUGUAGUGUGGGUGUAUCCUAGAUAGUGUGUUAACUGUGUGUUAACACCACACUACCCGGCAUAUCAAAACAAUAUGUCUUGAGACAGAAAGCAAUACACAUGUACUGUUAGUGUGUGUGAGAGGAAGAACGCCCCUGCCACCACUGGGAAUCACAUAACAGCAGAAGAUAUACAUAAUACACUACAGUGGUUUUGGUCUAGCCUGGGUUUAGUCUGGCUCUAGAUAUGGCCUGGGUCGACUGGCAGAGUUGGAAGGGAGAAAAGCAGAAAGUGAUUCAGAAUGAUGAUUACUUGUGAAAAUAUGUUGUUGCCAUAGUAAUACCAAGCAAUAGUCAGACAGAUAGGUAGAAUAGACGAGCAUCACUCAUAGGGAAUGCUGGGAAAUGUAUAUUCCAAAUCGAUUUUUGAUUCCCACAAAAAAUAGCAAAUUUUCUACUGUCAUUGGUCAACUGCUCCUGUUGUCAACCAUCUCAGCCACUCAGAGGCUUCCUCUGCCCGGUCACUCAGUGUGUCCCGCCCUUCCCUGUGUCAGCAAGUAACGUUAGAGACUAAAACAGGUCUGCCAGGUGCAGGUACAAAGUGUGUGUCUGUCUCUGUGUGUGUGUGUCUGUUACAUAUACAGCAGGUCGGUCCAGCAUCAGUGUCUGUAUUAUAGAGCAGGUAUGUGUGUAUUAUUACUUUGAGGUCAAUGGAAACUGAUUACUGCAUGUUGCCUUAUCCAGCACUCUUAUAUUCACACAUCACACACACACACACACACACACACACACACACACACACACACACACACACGUACCCGCACAAACUCACAAUCCAUACACACAGUACACUCAUCAAACACACAGAAAUAAUACACAAACACACUCACACCUUGUUUAAGUUGGCAUCGAAGCAGACUUGCUGAUUUUAUAAACAGUACCAGUGAAUUAAAGACAGUUUUGUUGAAAUCCAAA